CGCUGGGUGGCUGCGGCCGCCGUCUCCCCGCCGCGAGGCCGGCCGUCAGCUGUGUUUUAGGCCGAGGGGCCGCCAGGCCUCCGGGCCGGACAGCUAGGUGUCCCGAGCCAUUCGGAGGAUGGGGGCAGGCUCCGCUGCCGUCCUCCGAAAAGGAGGAUCUUGAGGGCGCUCCAGGAGUAAAGCUUUGCUGCCCCACCCCCCACUCCCCAUCCCAGGCCUUCCACUUGCUUAAGCCACAGGUGUCAGAUUCGAGAGCGUCGGGAGUGAAUGGGACCGCACACAGCACCCAGUUUUGGAAAAGAAAUGCUUGUCUGGGGGCCCUCGGCCGCCCUAAAACGAGAUUGGCCUUGAGAAGGGAUUUGAGGAACAAUCUGGAAAACUCGCUUUCCCCUCCCCCUACAUCAAUACCCAGGAUCGUGGAAAUAAGGAAAACAAAAGGCCCCCUUUGUAGAAGACUUAAUAUUCAUGAAAGUACUGCUAUCUUCAAAUUCUCCAACAGCACUUCCCACGGCAGGGACAGUACCCAAAAGAGUGGCCCAGCAGGAGAAGACCCCGCCGCCCAGACCCAGCCUGCUGGAGGCGGCUGGUGAUGGCUGCGAGGAGCCCAAGCAGCAAGUGUCUUGGGAGCAGGAGUUCCUGGUGGGGAGCAGCCCAGGAGGCAGCGGGCGGGCGCUGUGCAUGGUGUGUGGUGCCGAGAUCCGGGCCCCCUCGGCUGACACGGCUCGCACACACAUCCUGGAGCAGCAUCCCCACACCCUGGACCUGAGCCCUUCCGAGAAGAGCAACAUCCUGGAGGCCUGGAGCGAGGGGGUGGCCCUUUUGCAAGACGUCAGAGCCGAGCAGCCGUCCCCACCCAGCUCAGACUCAGGCCGGUACAUGGAUCUAGACCCAGACUCCAACCCAGAUCCUGCCAGAAUGCCAGCGGAGAUUGUCGUUCUCCUUGACUCCGAGGACAACCCGUCUCUCCCUAAGAGGAGCCGGCCCAGGGGCCUCCGCCCCCUGGAGCUUCCUGCUGCCCCUGCUCCAGAGCCAGGAAAUAAGAAGCCCCGUGGUCAGAAAUGGAAGGAGCCCCCUGGGGAAGAGCCAGUCAGAAAGAAAAGAAGCAGAUGUAUGACCAAAACCACGGACCCCGACCCAGAUCCCCCAUCACCCGACUCGCCCACAGAGACUUUCGCAGCCCCAGCUGAAGUCCGACACUUCACUGAUGGCACCUUCCCCCCUGGCUUUGUCCUUCAGCUCUUUUCCCACACUCAGUUCAGAGCCUCAGAGAAUAAGGACUCACCCAAUGAGGGGAAAGCGGUAGAAGGAGGCCUUGGCCAGCUGGAAAGCCCCUCUCCAGCUCCUCCUCCGGGGCUUCGUGGGACACUGGAUCUCCAGGUGAUCCGCGUGCGGAUGGAGGAGCCGCCAGCAGUCAGCCUCCUGCCGGACUGGUCCAAGCACCCCCAGGGCAGCAAAGGGUUGGGGGCAGGUGACCCCGCCGAGUGGCCAGCAGUUCUGUCGGAGUCCAGUGCCACUGUGGGAGGGAAGCCCGAGGCGGGCAGUGGUGUGUAAGUUCUCGCUUUCCUGGGGAGGGGGGGAGGGAGGGGAGAGGCUGCGUCCCCCUUUGGCUUCUAACUCGGAGCUGCCCCGCUCUGCCACCUGAGGGACAGAGCAAAACCAGGUGCCAGGGCAGGCUGGAGGAAGGAAGGGGGCAGCAGCCACUGUUACUUUGGGCCACUGGAAAACGUCUACCCCUGGAAAGGCCUGAGGUAGGCGAGGAUGGCGGCCGUGCGGUGGGGCGUUGGGCCUGUGGAGAACACCUACCCCAAUCCUUUGGCUGACCCAGACCUCCCUUCGUACCCGACAACCUUGUUGCACCCUCGCUCUCCCGCCAUUCUCCCUCGGCACAGUGCCUUACACCAAAGCUGGUCGCGCGGGGUUUGAACUGAGGCCCACUACCUCGGGGGACGCCUCUCCUCCCCCACCCGUUCAGGCUCCUGCACCAGGAUGCCUCCAUUACCUCUGCCCACUCCAUCCCCGCGGGGGGCUGUGCCAGCCGCCUGGGGGCGCCACUCGCUCCCCACGCUCAUUCUCACCUCUUUUCCAGUUGUAUAUAUCUCCUUUGUUGACAAUAAAUUAUUUUUUUUUAUUAAGAGAGUUCCGUCUGGGCCGUUAUUGGGGGAGGCGGUUGCUAGCGGGAUGGCUGGCCUCGUGGAGGGAACUUGAGGGGCUCCCUGGGUAGGAGCUGGAGGGCAGCUUGGCAGGGGGUUGGCUGUGCAGGCUGGUGGCCUGGGGCUGACAUGAUGCCAGAUCCAGGGAGGGCACCUUGCCCCUCCCCUUGCCCCUGCUCUCAAGACAGGGUCACAGGAGAGCCUGUCACUCUCAUGGGCUGGACCUCUGCCCAUGAGAGGCCACGAGGGGAGUGCCGGUGGCUGUGGGGGUCCACAGCUGCUCACACUCCAGAGCCGAGAAUGAACAGGACCUCUCUCAGGUGGAAGGCUUGGGGCCGGCCUGCCAGGGGCAGCGAUCCCUCCCCCUCGCCCUGCCCCCUUACAGGGAGGUGAGCACAUGGUCCCUACACCCAUCCCGCCUUGUCCAGCCUUCAGCUGCACUCGCGGCUGCACAACUUCACCCCAGCCUUGGCUUAAUGAAACCUGAGUCUUGGUCCAGUUUUACCCCCUUCCCCAGGUCGCAAGCUGGCUCGUCGGGGUCUCUUCAGUAGUUUCCUUACCUCCUCCACUAAUCCAUCUCCAGCCAAACCUGGGUGGUCUCCCCCUUCAGGGAUACGGGGCUCUGGGGAGGGGGAUGGGGAGCUUCCCUCUUGGGCCCCCGUCCCCACUGUCCUGUCGAGGGUUCAGGGGCAGGUGUGGUGAGUAGGGCAGUGUGCCCUCUGCACCGGGGCUGCUCUACAAGUGAAUCCUGUGCAGUUAGGGAAGGAGACGGGAGAGACCCAGGGUGGGACAUGUAAGGGGUUGUUCCUGUGCAACCCUGACUCAGCCAGAUUUGAAACUGACAUGACAAUCUCUAAAUCAGGAAGGGCGGGUUGCGGGCAGGGCGUGCUGGGUGCUUGGCUGAGUUGGCACCACCCAUGGGUCAGCCACAGCUCGGUGACUCGCGUGAUGUGGUCCUUCCACCCCAUAUGAAAGCUCGGGGAAAGGAUCCUGAGAAUGCAUGGGGUCCGUGUCCAGAGGGAAUUGAGAGAUGGUGAGUGUGGGGAGAAAAGGCAGUAGCCAAAGGCUCAGGGUUCUUUGCCUUUAGAGUGACCCUGCCUCCGUGAUGUCAGGGAAGCCAUGGAACUUCCCUGUGUCUCUACUACCAUUUCUGCAAAUUACCCAAACUCAUAUCCUGCCUAAUAGGAAGGAAUAAAUAAUGCUGAAAAUCUGGUUCUAAAAGCCCAAAGAUUAUCACAGGUGAUUUUUGUUCAUCCUUUCAAUGGUGUGACUGUGUUUACAUUUAUGCCAAUGUGCUUUUAAAACAGAUGACUAUGUUGCUGGGUGUUUCUCAAUUGAGAAAACGUAUAUAAAAGCUCGUUGUAAAAUCUUGAUGCUAAAUGUGCCUUCGCUGCCCGUAAUCUAGCUGAUGCUUGGCCCGCUAGACUGUGCGCUCCUUCGAGCAGGGACCAGGUCACAUUAAGUUUGUUUUCCCAGUGCCCUGCAGUGGGCUGCCACACAGUAGGUGCUCAAUAAAUGCCUGUCAAGUGCCCUCUCGGCGUA